AUUAUGUCCAUAUCUUGCUUGUAAAUGGAUUCCUCUUUAUGGAAGUAAUCAACACGUGUGAAGGAGCAGAAAUGAAAGAUCGCCAUCUUUCGAACUUAUCAUGAUGACUCACACCAAUUAUCCAAAUAUCCUGUCGCUCAUCAUUCACAUUCAUGGCGUCCCAUCCUUCAUCUCUCCAUAUAACCACACUCUCCCCCAUACGAAACUCCAUCUUCUUCACACAUUAUAUCAUAUCCAAACAAAGCCCUAGCUACCUUCACUAUUCAUCAUGAUGAUGACCACUGCUACACCGAUUGCCGUUGCUUCCCAAAUCUCAUCAGCCCCUCGUCUAUCUCCUCCCCAAUGCAUCACCAAUCCAAGAUUCGAAUUGGUAACGAAGGCUCAGUUAUCGAAUCAACGCACCCGUAGAAAUGGUAAUGAUAUCGGCAACAAAGGCAGAAAUUUUAACUUCAGUUGGAUGGCUACAGUCGGAGAGAAUGUGAUGCCAACAACGCCGGUGACGCCUACAUCGGUGCCGGUGCGUGUGGCUCACGAGCUUCAUCAAGCCGGCCAUCGUUAUUUAGAUGUGAGAACUCCUGAAGAAUUCGCUGCUGGACAUGCUAUUGGUGCCAUUAAUGUUCCUUACAUGUUCAGACUCGGAUCUGGGAUGUCCAAAAAUCCCAACUUUAUUGACGAAGUCUCAUCCCACUUUGGGAAAGAUGAUGAAUUUCUCGUCGGUUGCCAAUUGGGGAAAAGGUCGCUCAUGGCUGCCACAGAUCUUCUUUCUUAUGGUUUUACAGGUGUAACGGACAUAGCUGGUGGAUAUGCUUCGUGGAAUCAAAAUGGGCUUCCGAUAGAGUCUUGAAAUUUGCAAAAUGUGAAUAAAAAUGGAAGCAAAUAAGAGGAUCAUUGUUAGUUUUGUAAAUAAAAACAAGUUUAGAUGGUUCUUGAUCCAUGCAUGUAUGGAUCAUAACAUUGUAUACAAAAAUUAUGAAGAAAAAGUUUUAUUAGACCUCGAUUAUAUCGAAGAUUGUAUGGAUCAUAACAUUGUUUAAUGAUCUCCUAAAUAUUGAAAGUAAAAUGUUAACCAAACAAAGGUGUUUUAGUAUUGAUUAUAUAGUAGGAUUCUGUGAUUAUUGGAGUAAGGUAGUAUUUUUCUACUCAAGUUUCAAGUUCUAAUUUUUUAUUAUAUAUAAGUAAGUUGUAAUGAUGUUAUUAAAUUAUAUUAAUAUUAUA